AUGGGAAAAGCGGUGUCGAAGUUGUCGAAGGACGACCUCAAGUGGUUGCGGCUGGCCACGUACUUCGACAAGCGCGAGCUCCAGCAGUGGUACAAGGGGUUCCUCCGCGACUGUCCCCUGGGCCAGCUUUCUGAGGAGGAGUUUGCCAAGGUGUUCAAGCAGUUUUUCCCCUUCGGCGACCCCACCGACUACUGCCACUACUUGUUCAAAGCGUUUGACGCCGACGACUCCAAGUAUGUUGAUUUCAAGGAGUUUAUCGUUGCCCUUUCAAUCACGCUGCGAGGCACGCCGGACCAGAAGCUCAACUGGACGUUUAAGGUGUACGACCACCAGAAAACAGGGAAAGUGACUUACCAGGACGUGCUUCGCGUGGUACAGGCGGUGUACAAGAUGGUGGGGCCGAUGGUGGAGCUUCCUGACGACGAGGCCACUCCGGAAGCGCGGUCGGAAAAGUUCUUCGUGCUCUUGGGGAAAAACCCGGAGACCGACACCAUCGACUUGGACGACUUCAAGCGGUUGGCGAAGAUCGACUCGCUGGUGAUCAGCGUGUUGAACUCCUACGAGGCGUGGGUGUGA